UGCAAUACUCAAGAUGGCACACCUCAACAAGCCAGUCCCCGGAGCGGAUCAGUACUAUCCCCUCAACGAGCCUGGUGUUGGCAUUCCUUACCCACAGCAAGUCUAUGCCCCCAAUGCUGCCCUUCCGAAACUGUUCCAGCCGCUGACACUGCGGGGUGUGACGUUCCACAACCGUAUCUUUGUCUCCCCAAUGUGCCAGUACAGCUCGGACACCGGGCACGCAACAGACUGGCACUUGGUUCACAUCGGUACCUUCGCAUCCCGCGGACUAGGUGCCAUCGUCCUCGAGGCCACCUCCAUCGUCCCUGAAGGCCGUAUAUCCCCCGAAGACGCUGGUCUCUGGACAGACACGCAGAUACCACCGCUUCAACGCAUCGUCAACUUCGCCCGUUCGCAGCAGGGUCCAAAAAUCGGUAUCCAGCUCAGCCACGCCGGUCGGAAAGCGAGCACCCUCGCGCCUUGGGUUCGCGGCGAUAUUGCGCAGAUCAGAGUCGCCGACCGAAACGUCGCGCUGAAGGAUGAAAAAGGCUGGCCAGACGAAGUCUACGGUCCCAGCACUGCCCCUUUUGCAAAAGACUUUCCUCAGCCCAAGGAAAUGUCCGAGGAGCACCUCCAGUACGUAGAAGAUGAGUGGCUGAAAGCAGUCGAACGGUGCAAGCAGAUCGGGUUCGACUUCAUCGAGAUCCACGCCGCCCACGGCUACCUCCUCCACUCCUGGCUCUCCCCGCUCUCCAACGUCCGCACCGACCAGCACGGCGGGCCAUCACUGGAGAACCGCAUGCGCUUCCCCCUCCGGCUCAUCGCGCGCGUCCGCGCCGCCUGGGCCAAGCCGCUCUUUGUCCGCCUCAGCGCGAGCGACUGGGCAGACGGGCCCGAGCAACGCGCCGACGGCAGCUGGGCGCAAUGGGGCAUCGAGCAGUCCAAGACCUUCGUCGCGCGCCUGCGCGAGAUCGGCAUAGACCUCGUCGACGUCUCCAGCGGCGGCAACCACGCCGCGCAGCGCAUCCCGCUCGGGGAGGGGUACCAGGUGCCCUUCGCACAGGCGAUCAAGGCGGCGGUGCCGGGCGCGCUGGUCGGGGCGGUGGGCAUGAUCACGGAUCCGAAGGCGGCGAACGGGUAUUUGGAGGAGGGCAAGGCGGACGUGGUGUUCCUCGCAAGAGAGCUGAUCAGGAACCCGAGCUGGGUCAUGCGGGCGGCGCUGGAGAUGGGGGUUGCAGUGAAGCCGGCGAACCAGUACGAGCGGGGCUGGACAGAGGUGUUGAGCAAGAAGUAAUAUAGAAGGAAAAGGGAAAUACAAGGACAUAGUUUUGUACCAUUAGAUGUAGCAAUGAAGAAGACUGAACUUGAUUAAGUGCUGUG